CCUAACAGUCGCCUCCUCUGUGCGUGUGCACUUUCCAGCUCUGCUACCGGUGCAUGGAGACCACUGCAGUAGCCACUAUGCCCACCAACCGCCACCUUCUGCCCCGCAACUUCAGCUGCACAGCGGUGCUUUAUGACGAGAGCCCUGAAGAUGAAGAAGACGACGAUGAGCAACAGAAACCGGUAGAGAAGAGCGAGGAGAAAGAGCCCAGCAAGCCUACAAGCCCACGGGGUAGAGAGAUCACCUUAGCCCCGCAGAGCCCCACGACACGCAGAAGAGCAAAGUCGCUACCGACCCCUGCAGAGCGCCGUCACCUGGAAGUAUUGGUACCAAGGAAAAAAGUGGUACGCUUUGCCGACUCACUGGGGUUAGAGCUGACUUCUGUGCGGCAUUAUAGCAACGCGGAACUGCCUAGAGUUCCACAUCACGUGCUAGCUGCACUACGCUGCACAGAAGCUUGUCCUGCGGGGGCGGAGCUGAGUGCUCUGCUGCUGCGCCCCGCACCUGGCACUGUACACUUUGAGGCGCUGUUCAGGGACCCUGACUUGCAGCCUGACUUCAUGGACUUGGUGAAGCAGCGAAGAGUUUGCUUGGAGAGCAUACGCACAGACCCUUUUAGUAUCAAUGGAGAACUGCGGGUACUCAACCUUUCCUAUGAGAAGGAUGUCGUAGUAAGGUUCACAGUGGACAACUGGGAGACUUCCUCAGAGGUGCAGGCCACCUACCAAAGAGGGUACAGUGACAGAUACACGGACCGUUUCUCUUUCAAGUUGUUGUGUACAGCUCUGCUGAACAAGGAAGGGCUUCUGGAGUUUGCUAUCCGUUAUCGGGUUUGUGGUGCUGAAUACUGGGACAACAAUGAUGGAGUCAACUACAAGCACGUGCACUAAAACAAGUACUGAUGUCAGAUAAAGCUGUGGCAAGGCUCCAUGCAGGGUCAUUGGAUGAGCUCAGGAAUGAAAGCUUACACAAAAUGUCAACCAAAGCUUUCAAAAAUGGCAAAUGUAUGAAAAAAAGUUUGGUUAAAACCGAUUAAAUCGAUUUUGUGAAUAAAAA